GCGGCCAAGUGGCUCACUAACGCCCACUUGACGGCUGACCGUGAAUUCGACGCCAACAUGAAGGUUACGAUGCGAGUGUUGAUUUCAGCGAUUCUAAUUUUGUCCGCAGCUCAAAUUCGUGGAGAAGCUGUCAACCUGACGCUCUACUAUGAGAGUCUGUGCCCUGACAGCAUUCGCUUCAUCAGAUUCCAGCUCUACCCGACCUGGCUUCUGCUGACCGAUGAUAACCUCUCCGUGGAUUUCGUUCCUUACGGGAAGGCAACAUUUCAGGGAGAAGCUGUCAACCUGACGCUCUACUAUGAGAGUCUGUGCCCUGACAGCAUUCGCUUCAUCAGAUUCCAGCUCUACCCGACCUGGCUUCUGCUGACCGAUGAUAACCUCUCCGUGGAUUUCGUUCCUUACGGGAAGGCAACACAAAGCAAGACGUCAAAUGGGACAUGGGUAUUUGAGUGUCAACACGGGGAAAAUGAAUGUCAGGGAAACAAAGAACAAGCAUGCGCCCUCUCACUGCAUCAAAACAACGCCUCGAUUCAAGUGCAGUUCAUCAGCUGUGUCAUGAGCGCAUGGAGUCCACCUGAGGCUGGAUCUCAGUGCGCAGAAACUCUUGGCAUCGACUAUACUCCAAUUGAGAACUGUGCCGAAGGAACGCAGGGAGACGAACUCCUGGCAGCACUGGGAGAUCGCACUCACAACUUCACGCCGCAAAUAACAUUCGUGCCAACAGUUGCAAUUAAUGACGUCUACAGCCAGAAAGAUCAAGAUGAUGCUAUGUCAGACCUAACGAGCGUGAUUUGCCGAUACAUCACAGGAACAAAGCCAGACGCAUGUAAUGAUUAAAAUAAAAUCAUAAAAUACGGGACUUUUUCUAAUAAUAAACUAAUAUU